UAUAGCGCCCUCAAGGGAACAAGUGAUUCAGCACAUGGACUUUGAUAUUGAAGACCGUACCGGCAUAAUCAAAGAUAAAUUUACCAAGUUUCGAAGUAACUUCUCGUCCAGUAUUUCGUCUUGACAUGCCAGUAUGAGGGUGCAAGGGAAAGUUGCCUUGAACGGAGCUGCUGAGGGGUUUGGAAGAGCAUUUGCCGAAGAAUUGUUGAAGAAGGGUGCCAAGUCAUCAGAAGGACAGGAGACUACUCGACGUUUCACCUCUCAGUAUGGCAGCAACAAGGCCGUCUUUCUUCCAUGUGAUGUCACAUCGGACCAACAGCUAGAAGACGCUUUCAAGAAAACAAGAGAGAAGUAUGGCCAGCUGGACAUUGUGUGCAACAAUGCAGGCGUAGGGGACGAAAAGAAAUGGAGACAAAUGAUUAACAUUAACUUGACUGCUGUUGUUCACGGUACCUACUUGGCCAGGAAGUACAUGAGCAAACUGAACGGUGGAUCUGGGGGUGUUGUCGUCAAUGUUUCCUCAAUGGCAGGUUUGAUUCUUGGUCCCCUGUGCCCGGUGUACACAGCCACCAAGCAUGGCGUUGUGGGAUUCACAAGGACUAUGGCUUCAUUUGAUCCGGCCUUCACAGCAGAUGACAUCCGCAUCAAUACCCUGUGUCCCUCCUUCUCUGACACAGCCAUUGUUGGCAAGACAGAUGCCCCUGAAUUCAUCAGCUCUAACGUGAUGAAACGGGUCACAGGAACUAUCAAGUUGUUGCCGGUUUCCACGGUUGCAGAGGGCUUCAUGAGACUAGUGGAGGAGGAUACUCACGAUAAGGUCAUGCGGGUCACCCACGAAAGAGGCAUCGACUUCCAUCCAUUCAAAAAGACCCCUCCAGUGCCUAGCAAGAUGUGAACCCUUAUCACCAAACCCCAAAGAGAUGGUCUCAUGAUCAAGAAAAGUCUUGGAUUAUUAACCAAAUUACACCAAUUUUUGAACACAAAUAAAGUUAGAGUACGAAGGAUCAUUUGCAUUUCAUGCAUUUUUUUUGUUUGUUGGAAGCAACAAAACUGUUCCAAAUCUUAAGUUAGUGGGUGCACAACAACCAACUGUUGACGUUUCAGCGCACUGGAUACUACGCACAAUAUUUUGGUCUCGUAAGUGGGAGUGUGUGUGGCCUGGUGGUUAGGGUUCGUGACUCAUGAUCAGAGGUCAGGGGUUCGAAUCCAGCUGCUGGCCAUAUGUUGUGUCCUUGGGCAAGCCACUUCACCCCACUUGCCUCUCUUUACCCAGGAGUAUAAAUGGGUACCGGCAUUAGCUGGGGAGUAACCUGCGAUGGACCAGCAUCCCAUCCAGGGGGAAUAGAAAUAUUCUCAGUCGUUUCAUGCUACUGAAACCGGAGAUAAACGCCGGCCUGAUGGGCCACAUUGGCUCAUGACAGACUUUACCUUCACCAAGUGGGCUCUGCUACUAGCACUUCCAUUUUAAAAGAUGCGGGCUCAAUAUAUUUUAAUACCUCCUCUUGUGUACAAUCCCUUUGAUUUUUUCUUCUAAACUGUUUUCUUUAAAUCAGUGGGUUCAUGUACAGGUAAUUACCAAUGUUCCUACAUGGCUUUAAAGGCAUUGCAAACACAUGAGCACUGCUGCUUCUACACUUUUAGGGAGCAAUGAUUUGAUUGAAUAUUCGAAUGGUUGGUAUAUAUUUGGCACAAAUCCUAGACAAUUCAGGUUAUUUAACAUGCGGUUGGGCUUUUACUUAAGCUCAUGCACUGGACUCGUAUUUAAAAUUCUAAAUUUGAAUGAAAAUACUUGAGUUGCUUGAUAAAUUUAGUCUUAAUUGUAGAAAACUUUUUCAUCUAGUUAUCAUCUAGUAAUAGAAAUGUUUCUUGCAAACUGAAAUGUGCAUCAAUGAAAGAGAUAAGUGUGUAAUGUUUCACUUAAAGGGAAUCUCGAGAUAUACAAAUCUACAAGUAUAAAGUGCAUCAUGAAUUUCAAAAUAUUUCAUACUUUUGUGAUGUGUUGAUAAUUUCUGUCAUACUUUGAUGGGAAAGAAUUGUAAAGGUUUUUAUAAAUGUAGUUAUAUUUUGUAUAAUUUGAUAUUUUCAUAGAGCAAAAUAACUUAAAAUAUAAUAAAUGUAACCAACAAAAAUGAGUGCCAUACUGUCCAACAUUUUUGCCAUAAAUGGCAAAAAUUAACUAGAUUACUUGCUUAUUUGUUGUAAAUCCCAGGGAAACAAGUGCAUCUGGUUUUAUAAUAAUAAAUAUUAAGUAAUAAUUAUAUUAAUGUAACCAAUUUUGAUUUCAAUCAUCAAAAUUAAAGAUUGUUUUUAAAAAUGAUGUUGUAAAUGUGGCAGGGCCAAGUUUCACUUGAAGUUUGCAAUGUAUUUUUUUUUUUUAGCGUUUUAGUAUAGGAGUAGCCCCCUGAAUAACUCCAGCCUCUUACCCUUUCAUAAUAGUGUGUACCCCUGAUAAACUUCCCCCCUUCCCUAGUAACAUGACCCCUUAGGCCACAGGCCCCUCACUCAGUUGAGACCAGCGGCAGUAGAGACGGGACUAUACAAACGCCCUGCCAAUGAAAUUGUGCUUUUAUGUGCUUAAUCAUUAAAUGUAUUACAUGUAUUAAGUUUUUCGAAGUUUUGAAAGGUCUUUAGUAAUGUUCACAGCUCUGUCAAGUUUUAUACAGUUCAUGUAGGAAUUAUUACUUGAAGUUGUGAGAUUGAAUUUAGAAUUGCUUGAGGAAUGUUUGCUUGUAUUGUUUAAUUUGAUGGAUCACGAACCCUGAGUUUGGGGGUUUUUUUAAGAAAAUGUCGAUGUCACAAGGUUGAA